AUGUGCUCUAACCACACCAACCAUACAGCUUAUAACCAUACACACGCCAGGGUUAACUCUAGAAGCAGGUUUGAGGUAAGAUUGUGAGAAUUUUCAUCAAAUCCAUGAGAUUGUUUGGCGAUGUACCCAAACAAUAGUCAUUUAGUUUCCGUUUCUCGGUGCCACAAAAAUUUAUUUCUGAUAUUUGCAUCUAGCUGAAGUCAGCUUCAGUCGCUAAGUUCAAAUAGCCUUUAUCCUUCAAUUUCGAUUUGGUUGUCAGAAGCUAGCUACAUCUAGAAUGUGCUACCUCUCAUGCAUUUCCUUUGCUAUCGAUAGCUCGUCCUCUAUUUAGCCAUUUAAAUGUUUUGUUUUGCCUUGUUUUGUUUCGUGGACAAGUCCGUCGCUUCGGAUGCAGUGGAUGGAGUAAAAAUAUUUAUCGAAACAUCCUUUCUCGGUGGUAAAUACGCUUUGUGUGCUUUAUAGAAGAGGAGCAAGCGCCUUGACUGUCACCCGUAAAUUCUUGCAAGAGGAUUUCGUGGUUGCAGUUCGUAUUUCCCUAGCGUUCCUUCCAAUAAAUUAUCGUUAUUGACCCAGAAAAAACGUGCGGCUUUGAACCCCAGAAUAAACGUAUUUCUUGCAUAACAUUUUCAUCCCAGGACGAAACUAUAUCUCUAAAUAAUAAAUUGAUCAAUUGUGAUCGCUAGGAACGUAACACUUGGUAUGUUAUACCAAUCUGACUGAAAGGUUUUGGUAGAAUUUCACACGUCCGCGAUCGAAUGCGACAUUUAUACUGCCAUUGUGUUCAGCGUGUAUAAAACUGUUAUUUCAUUUUAUUUACUUAAAAAAAAACUGUGCUUUUGGAGGUUUAAGUUGGAAACAAGACAUUUUUUUGGACAUAUGAUAAAAAAAGAAGCGUUAUCGUCUGUUUCAAGGUUAAAUGAAAUUCCCUCUACCAUGUAAAUAAAUUCAUCGCUCUCCACUACCAUGCUAAAACCUUGCACACAGCUUAUAAAUAUUUUCAAUGCUAGAUAGACACGAACGAAUUUCCUGUUGAAACCCAGCUUGAUCGAGAAAGAAUUUUUCAACAUAAAUUUCUAAAAGUUAAUGGUUCUCCCACGCCAACACGAUGUGUUUUUUAUGAACCAUAUGGAUAUUACCUCGAACGAAAUUAUAGCUUGCAGUCGUCGUCCCUAUUACAUUCAGAGCUGUCAUUUUAAUUCUGUAAUGGCGGCGUGUUUUGACAGCUCACAGGCAAAUAACCUAUUAAUAUUUCAAAUCUCAUUCAAAUUUCAGCUUUACAAUUUUAACACAAAUGAAGAUCAAGCCUUGAUAAACAAGAAACUACCCAAGGAACUUAUUUUAAGGUAAAUUUGAGAAGUGAUUUUAGUGCACUGAUGAUGUGAAGUAUGUUCUCUUUGAAGGUCUUAAGGUACUUAGAUAAAUGGGUCAUUAUGCAUGCAGAAAAUUUUUACCUUGCCUAAGUGAGAACAUUUUGAUAUUGAUAGGUCUUAAAGAAAGAUAAGGUUUGUUUUAAUGCUCAUCAAAAUAGUGCUCUUCACAAUUUGCAUGCUAAUGUACUUUAAGGGAAAUCAAAUACAAUAUUAUGUAGUUUAAUUUAGAGGGAAAGUAGGCAUUGUUUUAAAAGACAAGAGCCACUCUGAUAAGCCCAGCAAAUACUUACUGUAGUAGUAUUUAUAAUACUUGCCCGAUGAUCCUAAGUGACACCUUUAUCAUAAAGGUGCAAGCUUUUUGUCAUUACUUAGAUGCAUCUGGAAAGAAAAAUGUUACAGCUGUAUAAAUUUAUUUUUAGAUUUGCAUUGUAUCAACAAAUGAACUAACAUAUUGAUAAAUGAUUGUUUAAUAAUCAAAGUACAAACUGAUAAAUUCCUGUGUUUGCUUUACCAAUGCACUUAAAAGCCACAAAAAAGAUUUUUAAGGAUUUUGAAUUGUUCAUUUUUACUAUUUUUUAAUUAUUUUAUAGUUACUCAUUUAAUGAAUCGAUUUACUUAUAUUUAUUUUUGGUUAUGAAAAGGAACGAUAAGUUUAAACAUACUUUAAUUUCAUGUGAUGGCUAAAGGGAAAGAUGCACUUUUUUCUUAACCCUUUAACUCCCAUGAGUGAUCAAGACAGAAUUUCUCCUUACAAAAUCAAUACAAUAUCAACCAGAUAAGUGAUGAGAAAAAAGAAAAAUAUCAAUUUGGGGAUAAUUAAUUGAUGCGAUACUAAAUUCUCUGAACUAACAUUAUAAAAAUUGUAUGGUUGACAGUAGGGAGAAUUACAAAUUUGAUCUGGGAGUUAAAGGGUUAAUGGUUAUUAAAUAAUGGAUUGAAAUGAUAUGAUCUUGAUGGGUUUUUUUUCACUCACUUUUUUUUAUCAACUCUUUCACUCUCAAGAUCUUUUAGUAAUUCUCCUUACUAUCAAUCUAUAAUUCUUCCUAUGUUACCACAGAGAAUUUGGUAUUGGAUCAACUGAUAAUCCCCCAAGGGAUAUUUUUCUUUAUUCUCAUCACUAAUCACUUUGCUUGAUGUUAUAUUGAUAUUGUGAGGCAAAAUAGUUAUUAUUUUGUCUUAGUCACUUUUGAAAUUAAAGGGUCAAGAUUUGAAUGUGAGUGAUGUAGUCUGUGAAUUCUUACAUGUUCCAGCUCAUAUUGCUGCUCAAAAAAGUUGAAAUCUAAUCCAGUAAAUGAGUUUUAGUUGAUAUGUUAGAUAAUUUUUCAAUUAAUUUAUCUUUUUUUAAUUAACCCUUUAACUCCCAGAAGUGAUUAACAUAAAACUUCUCCCUAAAAUAUCCAUACAUUAAUCAGCAAACAGGUAAUGAGAAUAUUCAAACUUAUGGGAUAGAAGUUGUUAUCUUGAUCUCGCACCAAGUUCUCAUAACUAAUUUACAAGGAAAUGUGUAGCAGCUAGAUGAGAGAAUUAACAAUCAGUUAAAAGGUUAAUUUAUCUUUUCCUAUUUGGUUAGUAUAUGGUUUUAGGGUAGGAACACGGAAAUGCGCAGGUGUUGAAAAGAAUCUCUUAAUCCUUAGUGCUUUGACCAUAACUUAUGCGUCAGUUUUUCUCAAUAUCUUUAUUUACUUCUUUUCCCAAAGGAUUUUUUCAUUUCUGGAUGUAGUUUCCCUGUGUCGCUGUGCACAGGUGUCAAAGGUGAGGAAGCCAAGGCUGCAUGAGUACUACAGUUUACUAACUAGACAUUGAAGACCAAAUGGAGGUUACUACUGAAACAACCCAUCCUAAAUUGUCAAAUGCAGUAAAUAAGGAACCUAUGUGUGGCACAAAGACAAAUUUCAAAUUGUUAGUAUUUUGGUACUUUCACAUACUUUUCAGUUUUAUGAGUAUGAACAGGAAAAAUUAUGUCCUAAAUUUGGUUACACUGGUUCCAAAUUUGAAAUAAGCUGUUUAUGAGAGUUACACUCUGUGGUGCAGGGUUUGAAAUGGUGCAUCUUAAAAAUUAAAAAAAAAUUAUAGAUUACUGGAUGCUCAGAUAACCUUUCUAGAUUGUUGCAUGCCCUUUUGUCCUGUUUUUCUGACAACCUUUCUUGAAAUAGCUGUAUACAAAAAAUUUAUACUAACAACAAGUUAAAUGUUUGUAGCUUUGGAAUGUGUUGGCUUUGGACGGAAGCAACUGGCAACGGGUGAAUUUGUUUGACUUUCAAACAGACAUAGAGGUACAAAUCAACAUUAUCUAACCACACAUGCACCAUUCAUGAAGAAAUAGUUUUUUUCCGGCCUAGUUUUUUUGGUUUGCUUACCCACCAUGAUUUAUUAGUUGUGAUUUGGAAACAGGAAGAUUAGUUUUAAUGUUCAUUGGCACAAGAAUUCAAAUGAAUUUUUCCUGCCAUGAAAAUUCAGUGAUAAUGAUAAUCUGCUGGUUUUCAAAAUUGGUAUAUUUUGAGGUUAUUCCUUUUUAUAAUGAGGUUAUGGUUGAAACAGUGUAUAGUACUCAGAAAGACCACGGAGGUGUUGAUAUUGUGGUGUUUACUUAAUUGGCAAUGUUACAUUCAAGUGGUUCAAGUGGUUCAAAUUUCUUAACCCAUCACACACGCUUUCUCCACAAAUUAGAUGCUAGUCUCUCAUAGAGAUUAAAGGGUUAGGUCAUUAUGGUGGUGAAAACUUCCUGUACUAUUUAUAAUAACUGAAGAAUUAAUGAAAAUCUCAGUAAGUAUGUAUGAGAUGGAAAUGCUUAGCUGUUCAGUGAGCUUGUUUUUAAUGAGAUGCUUGCCGAAGGGGUUGAGUGUCUGAUCGGUAUUUCUUGUGAAUGUUGUAUGAAAGCUUUAUGAGGUGUGAUAUUGUUAAAUAAUUUAUGGUCCUCCUGAGGUUUUCAUAAUUAAUAGUACCGAUAAAUGGUUACACACUUUCAGGAGACAGUAGUGCUGAACUUGUCAAGAAGAUGUGUAGGCUUUCUAAGGAGCUUGAGUUUGAGGGGAUGUAAGAGUGUUGGAGAUGGGGCAUUAAGGUAUGUGUGUUGUGUUCAAUGUUCAAUGCUUUUGAGGAUACGUUAAAGAUAUUAGGAAGGUUUAGGGAAGUCACAUUUGUUGACUCAAAAAGUUGAGUUGCUAAGGUCAUUUUAUGAAGCACUUUCAUCUGGAAUUUUUUGCAGAAACUUAUUUAAAAUACAUUGUCUUUAUAUUAUCUAGAGAAUGGCUCCCAAACUUUUUAAGUUGCAACUUAAGUCCUAGAAAACUGACACAUACCUAUAAUAACAUUUUCUACUUAUCACUGAGAGUAAAAUAAUACAUUAUUUUACAUUUAGCUGCCCACAGUUUCCAGACUUAUAAAAAUUAUUAGCUUUUAUCGCUUAAUAAAUGAUAUCUUGCUGUAAUUAAAGUGAAGUGUUUUUUUUUUUUUUUACUUUCAUGUGUGUUUACUUGUAUGCUUUUACUGACUUGUAUUGUAAACCUGGCUGUCUGCACCUGUUCGAAGACUCCUCUUGCCUCCCUUCUCUCCAUGCCUGUUUUUUACUUUCAUUGAUAGAUGUUUCAUGAUUCUGUGGUGUGGAACCAAAGGAUAAAUGCUGACCUCUAUAAUCUGGUUUUCAUUUUCAGAAUCUUUGCUCAACAGUGCAAGAAUAUUGAGGAAUUAGUCUUAGAUGGAUGUAGAAGAAUUUCUGAUAGGUACAGAUCCCCCUACUUGUUUAAAAAUUAUUUAUCAUAGUGGUAUUACAGACCAUAGUGAGUAUUACAGACUAAGUAUUGCUAAUCUUGAUGUGGAAUAAUUUAAAACCUCUGUUGGGCCUGACUGGAAAAAAAGAUUAAAAGUUCUCUCUCUGCAGAUCAUGUUGAUAAUUUUAACCCUUUAGCUCCCACAUCAAAUUUUUCAUUCUCCUUACUGUCAACCAUGCAAUUCAUAUAAUGUUAGUUCAGAGAAUUUAGUAUUGGAUCAACUAAUUAUCCCCAAAUUGAUAUUUUUCUUCAUUCUCAUCACUUAUCUGGUUGAUAUUGUAUUGAUAUGGUAAGGAAAAAUUCUGUCUUGGUCACUAAUGGGAGUUAAAGGGUUAAAACUUGUUUUGACUUCUCUGCCUUUCUUGGUUCCCUGCAUCAACCUCAAAAAAAAUGACUACAUAUAAAAAGUGAAUGAAAGUCAUUGAGAAUUCAUGAAUGAUAAUUUUAGAGAAUACCUUAAGUAAAACUCUUAAAUUGAAUGAAUUUGUACAACUACAGUGUAUAUGUACAUUUUUCAGUUAUGCAGAAAGUUAAAUGGUUUUCUGUUUUCACUUUUUUUUUCCACCAGUUUCAUCAAUUAAUUGUAUUCUCCUUGUUCCACAGCACUGCCAUAAGUUUAAGUAACUACAGUGGACGACUCAAGCAUUUAGAUAUAUCAUCCUGUCAUCAAAUCACAGAUAACUCUCUUAGUGCACUAAGGUUAGUUACCACACUCAUAUUGUUUACGCAGGGUACAUGUAACUCUAUGGUAAAGGAAAGAUCCAUGUGCUGUUUCGUAACACAGUGAUGAUGAUGAUUAUGAUGAUGAUGAUGGCAGCUUUACAAGUAAUAAUAUGGUUUCCAUUUGCUAUAAUUGAUAUAUAGAUUACUUUUAUUGUAUCUAAGUGAAUUCAUAUCAAAUUUGAUCAUGUAAAUAGUUUGUUUGUAAAUAGGUAUAUGUACACUUAAUAAGGUUUAUCUAUGCUUAGCCAAUGCAGCUUGCAUCACAAAGGGAUCAACCUGCAGUGUCUUCAGCGUAAACACUGUUUUGUUGUUUGUCUUACAGUAAAGGCUGCACCAAGCUGCAGUACAUUAAUGUAUCAUGGUGUAAUCAAGUCUCAUCUCAUGGUCUUAAGUUACUAGCACAAGGCUGUCAUGACUUACUAGUACUUAUAGCAAAAGGAUGUUCAUUGGUGAGUCAAGAACUGGCACUUAUUAUAAAUAUUUUUUUUCCUUUAUUUGCUGUCUCAUGUGAAUGGCAAAGUUAUCUUUUAGUUUUUACAUGGAGUCUAGCUUUUCUUCACUGUGCCUUGCAGCUGACCACAGAAACUUGGUUCCCUCUAAAUGAAUGAUGUAUCACUUCAGACUAAGUCAAUGCAUCAUGAGUAACUUCCAUUUCUUGUUGGUUCCACGUGCUGUUAAAAUUUAGUUUUUGUUUCCAUUGGAGAUUCCAUUUACUUCCAUGUCAACUGUUAUAGUUAUAUAUUAACUCUUACUCCAGGGAACAACAUAAGAAAGGAAGAACAGAGCUCUUAGAUAUGUUCUGAUUAGUUCUUACGUGGUCCUUAUUUUGCCAUGUGGAUCAUAAGCUGUGUUUUUUCAGUUGCAGAACCCAGCAAAUUCAACUAAACUAGUUUGGUCUGAGUGCCAUAUAAAAAAUGACUUACUAACCUCACUUGCUGGAGCCAUACUGGGGAAUAUUGGCCCUUGGUGGUUUUUGCACAGAGUCCGUACUGCCAUGAUCUCAGGCCAGCAAUUCCUUAGUAGGGCAUCGGGUUCAGUUGAUCCAAGUUCAUUUGCCAGAUGUGUCUUAAAUUUUGUUACCUGAACCACCUUUGGUUUAUCUCCUUAUCCCACACCCCAUGCCCCAUGGACCCCCCUCCCCCCCCCCCCCUUGCCCCAACCCUACCAAGGAAACAAACAAACAAAAACAAGUUACUUCAAAAUAAUUAAUGAACAAAACUUUGUUGCCUUUGCACUUUGCAGGUAACAGAUGAAGGGAUAUAUCAUCUUACUAAACAUUGUGCCCAACUUCACACUAUCAACUUACACAGCUGUGAGGUACAAUAGUUGUUUCUGAGAUUUAAAUGGCAUAUUUGCAAAAUUGGCACUUUUUGAAAGUUGAAUUACUUUUAGUUUAGUUUUAUUAAUACUUAACUUUUGACAUAGCAAUAUUAUUUGCCAGAUAAAUUGUGGUCAGAAGAUUUUUCCCUAUAGUUCCAUUUUGUCUUGUGCUAAUGACUAUUAUCUGUCACUGCGAUAGAAGACUUGCUCCAAAUAUGUCACUCUCAACAGUAAUUUGUUUCUAAAUCAUUCUCUUAACUUCUUUCCCUUUCAGAAUAUUAAAGAUAAUGCUGUAAAGGCAGUCAGUGAACAUUGUCGGGAGAUCUCAUUUCUGUGUGUAUCUGGCUGUAUACAGCUGACAGAUGUGGCACUUCAACAUCUGGGAAGUAACAGCCAUGGGCUUAGGUAAGAGCUCACAGCUAUAUAUGUAUUUUUUAAAUAUGUUGAACUAUACCAUCAAUUUGUAUUACAUUCAGUAGAUGUACAUUCAAAUACAUACUAUGAUAUGAAUUUUCAGAUCAUGAACAGCAAGUUGAGUCCAAUGUUUAGAAACCAGUUUGCAAUUUGUUUACUUUAAAGCAUAUUAAAUUCUAGAAUUGCAACUUCAUUGUCAAAUGAUGUGAACGCCAAGAAAGACUUAGUGUAUUGAGGCUAACAGUUGAUCAGUAAUACAAUGUACCCUCAUCUCUACUCAGUUUCAACAAACUAGUCAGACAUCUAUCAUUACUUGUCUAUUUCUUCUUUUCUUUGGCAUGUAUAUUUUGACUGUUUCAAUCUCCACCUCCCAAUAAAAGUUUUCCUUACUUUGUACCAUGCGUUUUUCAUGAAUGGAUACACCUCUUUUAGUGUUGCAGUCAGUUGUGAUUGUUGCAUUUUGAGGAAAUGCUGCCUCGGCAGGCGGCUUUCAUACAGCUCUCCUGUUGUUGUUUUUUGUUUUUGUUGUUGUUGUGGUUGUUGUUGUUUUAUUUAAUGUUGGCGCCUGUGCUUUUGGAAUUUAUUUUUCACAGUCUUUGUUCUUGUUGUCAAGGUUUAGUCUUGUGUGGAUGGCUUUUAAUAACAACACUUUAUUUUUGGUUUCCUUGCAGAACUUUAGAAGCUGCACAGUGUUCACAGUUUACAGAUGCGGGGUUCCAAGCACUUUGUAGGGUAAGUAUUUUACUAUUAAAAGCUUGCCUACAAUUAAACAUGGCACUCUGUGUUCCUCUUUUUCAGUUUAUACAUAGUAUUUCAUGGACACAUGAGAAAAAUAAUAAAAGUUUUCACAUAAUGCUCCAGAAAGAGCUCUGAUGUGCAGUUUUCUACCAAGAUUGGUUGUAGAGCACUUGAAAUUUUAAUGACCGUGACUAGACUUUGUGAAAGAAGUUACUGACGUUAUAAAACUACACAGUAGCAUCUCAGUUUUUUUUCCCAGAAUGUUCUUAGUCAAUGAGAUUAUUUAUUGUUCAUGGAAUUGGUUUCUAGGUUAAAGACAUAAUAAUGAGCAUUUUAAAGCACAUUUGUCAGUAAUCAGAAGAAUUAAAUUAUUUCGAUUCUGUUUUAGGGUUGUAAUAACCUCCAACGCAUGGAUUUAGAAGAGUGUGUUUUGGUGAGCACAUUUUAUUAUUUUACUUAAAAAUAUGCCCAUUAUGUUGCUUCAUGCAAGAGUUGGUUUCAGAAGGCAUAUUUCUCCCAAAAUAGUAACCUCUUUUCUUUCUGUAAGUAAGAAGUAGCAAAAGAACCUCGGUCGUUCGUUUGCCUUUCGAAUGCUCAACCGCUAAUUUACAGCAAUUUUCACGGAUAUCAUGAGAACAUGAGAAUCAUUUUCUUCCGGAGUAUUAAGAGUUAAGGAAUCGAAUGGAAACUUCACGAAAGCCCUCGAUAAUUUCUCGAACGGCUUCGGACGCCCCGGAACUCGGCUCGAACCUCGAGUUGGACGUUUCCGCAAAUCGAGAAUCGAAUAUUUUGGUUUUGAAGGCCUGUCAACUUGCGUUUGGCCUUAGAUAAGAAGUACAUUAUGCAUUAACAUGCUUUAUUUCUCGUUUAGAUCACAGACUCUACUUUGAAUCACUUAUCACUCUGGUGUUCUGGCCUAGAGAAACUAGUGAGUUUGUUGUUUACUUUGGAUCAAUGUCAGUAUCUGAGCAACUACGCACUUACCCUUCCCUUAACAGGUAGGGGUUAAUGUUAUAUUUGGGGAGGGGUAAGUACGCAGUUGCUGACACUGACAAUGAUCCUUUACUUUUGUGUAAGUCAGCAAAUGGCAAAAAUUAAUUUUGUAAAUUCUAAACCAACUAAUCCAAAUAUAUUUAAGUAAAAUCAUACGCGCGUCAUUUUGAAGUUUCCUGUUUCAAAAUAGUUAGGAAACAGUUUUUCAGCUGUGUUUGAUGUGUUUCCUCGCCAAAUGGACGCCUCUCCCCCCAACAGUUUUUCAGCUGGAUGUGUUUCCUCGCCAAAUGGACGCCUCUCCCCCCAACAUCAAUAUGCGUAUUCUCCAUCCUAUUCUCUAUACAUUUCCUGACGUGCUGAAAGGAGAAAUCGUUUAACAAUCAAGAGUUUCUUUAGUUGGAGAUUCUCGAUGACCUUUGUGAUUCAGAGGUGAUAUUGUGAGGAUAAAUUAGAUGCCAGUCACUCUAACGAGCAAAUGGGGAGUUUGGUGGCAUCCGAAGGCCCGACGAAAUGGGCUGAGUAGUGAACUUCGUGUCACUGUAUUACUCUCUACAGAGUCUUUCCCAUUGCGAGCUUAUAACAGACGAAGGCAUUAGACAAUUAGGUGGCAGUCCCUGUGCUGUGGAUCAUAUUGAGGUCCUGGAAUUGGAUAACUGCCCUCUUAUCACAGACAACGCCCUGGAACAUUUGAUGUGAGUAAACAUUGAUCAGUUCUCGUUCAAAAUAUAGUUUUAUCGAUCAAAAUACUGGCAAGUUUUGGGUUUUGCUCGUCUUUUUGCGUCGAAUUGAUUUGUGUCAAUGGAAACUCGCAUUGUUUUGGAGGAGCCAUGAGUGACGUUCAAAUUGAACUACACCUGACACUCUUGUAGCUUUUGUCGUGAAGACUAAAAGAAUUGAAUAAAUGAAAACACUGAGGCAAGCGCAUCGUGAUGCGUCAUUCAUCGGCUGGGAAGAAAAUGAAUAAUGGAGGAGAAAACGGAUAAACAAUUAAAUUUCGUGGUGUGGAUUCGUAAUUGAAAAGGUUUUCUUUGGCCUUGUUAACUUAAAUACAGAAACUGCCGAGAACUCAAGAGAAUAGAACUUUACGAUUGCCAGUUGAUCACAAGAGCGGGAAUUAGAAGACUUAAGGUUAGUUUGUUUGUAUCAAGCAAGAUUACCUAUUUUAUUUUUGUCGAAGAUAUUAAAAAACGGGAAAAAAACAAACAGUUACAUUGCGAAGUGACUACUUACAUGGGUGAAUUUGUGUAAGGAAAUAAACCAUAGCAGCCUACUCGUUGUCACGAGUGGUAAGCUCCCUCAGUUCAGCCACACAAGUGUCGUUUGACGCUGUAUUUUUUUGGUUCCUCUUCAGGCGCAACUACCGGACUUAAAAGUUCACGCAUACUUCGCCCCUGUCACCCCUCCCCCGAGUGUCGGUGGCGGACGACAGAGAAUGUGUCGAUGCUGUGUGGUGUUAUAGUAUCGUAACAUAUAAUUCCAUAACGUCCUGUAGCACCCAGUCGCUACGUGCUGUAUCAAUCAUGUCCUCGUUCUUGCCCUUAUUUGCCUUCUUAACCCUUUAACUCCUAGAAGUGAUCGACAUGUAACUUCUCCCUAUAAUAUCUUUUCAUCAUUCAGCAAACAGGUAAUGAGAAUGUUCAAACUUAUCAGGUAGAAGUUGUUAUCUUGAUCUACCAUCAAAUUCUCAUAAUUAAUAUACAAGGAAAUGAUUAGCAGGUAGAGGGGAGAAUUAACAAUCAGAUCUUGGGAGUUAAAGGGUUUAAGUUGUUUCGGUUUGAGUGUCUUUAAGUAGGGUCCUCAGUUCGUGGGUGUUCUUCUCCUGCUUUGUUCAGUCUUAACCGCUCCUUUUGUCCUCAUUCCUCCUUCCUCCCUCUUUGUAUCCCUUCCCUACCUUAUUUCUCACCUGUUUUCUACCCUGUACAUUCUUCCUUCCUUCUCUCUCCUUCCUCCUGGCUUUUGCCUCCCUAUCUUCCUGCAUAUCUUCCGCCUCCUACCUGGCUUCUCUUUUCUUCUGCCUCAAACCCAUCUCCCCUCUCUUCACCUCGAAAACUCCCCCUUGUUUUCCACUUUCCUCCUUUUCCUAAACUUAUGUUCUUAUUUGAGUGUUGUUAGUCGAUAUUCUUGCAUUACUGAAAAAACAAAAAAACAAAAAAAAACAUAACAGAAAUGAUUUAGGUACAUCCAUUAGCCAGAGGCACGAAGCCUAAAUUCAAUAACGGGUUAGGGUUAACGUGCGUAGAGAUUGUACUUGCUAGAAGUAUUUUAAAGCCAGCGAAAGGAAAAUUUCCACAAACAGAAUGUUUAAUGCAGUGAACCAUUUCAUUUUUCAAGCCAUUUUAAUGUUGCCAAAGUAAAUGUAAAUAUAACGGUACUCAUAGGUGCUUUAAAUAAUUGCUGAAUGAAUCAAUGGUAGGAAUCGAUUUUUCUUCGAUAUGAUGAUGAUUUUAAGGCAAUUUUGUUUAUAGUGUUAAUAUAAAGGGCCAUUUUAAUAAUUUCUGUAUAUAAAACCAAACGGUCUCCGUAAUGAUCUAAUUUAUUUAAUUCUGAACUUGCUACACUCGCCCCGGGCAAAUGUGCCCUGUGUUGGGUCACUGUGAUGUUAAUAGUCUUUUCCUCUGUUCUUUUUGUUGUUCUUCUUAUAAAGGUGGCUCUUCCUGUUUUGUUUCAUGACGAAAACAUUUUUGCAAACGUUAAAGAAAAUGGUUUAUUUUGUUAGAAGCGAGACUUUAGCUCUCCAACCGCUUUUCCUUCUCGUCAGCAUUUUCUUUUAUCCCUGCGUCGGCAAACUCAAACUCCUCGUGUGCUCGAGCUUUUUUCUGCUAGGCUGCCUUCACGUUAACAUUGUGUGAUGUAACGUAACGUAGCGAUCGCAGCGCAUCAGUGAUUCCUAUAGCACUAUGAGUGGGGAUCGUUGUGUAACCGCCCAGUUAGUCAAAAACAGACUGACAAGUUUACUGGCUUUUAAUUGCUCUGUUAUGAAGGGUUACGCUUUAUUGAUUUACAAAGUUGUAUCUGAUUUUGGCAACGAAAAGCUGUUUGGAAAUCACGCAUCACUCAAGCUUUCUUGGAUUUCAACUUUACGCGGAUGAUGGUCUGUGACCCUCAUCAGCCCCAAUCCCCUGCCGGUCAGGAAGGGUCUUAUGUUCCUAAAGCUUAGAUAGUUAUGUUCAGAGCAUUUGAAGCCAGUACAGCGAGUGUUUAACAUACUUAUUCACAUAAUUGUAUGGCGGUACCUCUCUAGUCUCAGGAAAGACUCGUGCGCAACUUCUCCUGAUCAUAUCAUCACAUUCUGAAGUAGACAGGUUAAGAGUGAAGGGACUCAGCUCUUGCAGAUGUGGCGUGAAAUUCUAUUAGGCAACUCUCUGAUCUUGGGGUUGGAAGGGUUAAUUACUUCUA